AUGGCUGUCCCCACAGGGGCGCGGGACUCUGAGCUGCUUCUGGAAGCCGUUAGCCGGCCACCAGUGGCGCGCACCUUGAUCAGGGCCAAGGCGGUCGGUGAGAAGGAAGUGGACUCCGGGAAUGACAUCUACGGCAACCCCAUCAAGAGGAUCCAGUAUGAGAUCAAGCAGAUAAAGAUGUUCAAAGGACCGGAGAAAGACAUAGAGUUCAUCUACACGGCGCCCUCCUCGGCAGUGUGCGGGGUCUCGCUGGACGUUGGAGGGAAGAAGGAAUAUCUCAUUGCAGGAAAGGCUGAGGGGGACGGCAAGAUGCACAUCACCCUCUGUGACUUCAUCGUGCCCUGGGACACCCUGAGUACCACCCAGAAGAAGAGCCUGAACCACAGGUACCAGAUGGGCUGCGAGUGCAAGAUCACACGCUGUCCCAUGAUCCCCUGCUACAUCUCCUCCCCGGACGAGUGCCUCUGGAUGGACUGGGUCACAGAGAAGAACAUCAACGGGCUCCAGGCCAAGUUCUUCGCCUGCAUCAAGAGAAGCGACGGCUCGUGCGCGUGGUACCGCGGGGCGGCGCCCCCCAAGCAGGAGUUUCUCGACAUUGAGGACCCGUAA